AAAUAUUUGAAAUGAUAAUGAAACAUUCAAAUGUUAAAGCAGCAAUUUUAGAAACACCUGCUAAAACAGAACAACAAAAAGAUGACCAAAUAUCUGAAGUAUAUAUACUUAGAAAGUAUGCUAGAGACCUUAUAUCUGAAGAUAAAGAAUUAUAUGCAUCAAUCGAAGAAAGAAUAGAUGCAAUGUUAAAGGACCAAAUAUCUAACAAACAACAUGAAGAAUCUCAAAAAAGAAUACGAGAACAAAAAAGAGCAAAAACCUUACAUAUAACUAAUACUUUCUUAAACAAAUAUCAAAAAGAAGAAACUCAAAAGAAAAAGAAGCAAUCACCACCGACUACACCCAAAAGCAUAACAUCAAUGUUAAAUAAAAAUGCAAAAGACAUAACACAAUUAAAUCAAAAAGCUAAAGAAAAUAAAGACACGCAAUUUAUUCAAGAUCUAGAAAAUCUCAUGAAAGAAAUAACUGAUAUAGAAAACCAAUACGAGUCAAUUCAAAGAAUGCCUCGCGAAACACUUGAAAAAGCUUACGAAAACAUUAAAGGGAUACCUACAGAUGAAAUAGCUGAACGAGAAAAACAAUUCUAUUAUACAUAUGACGAUGCAAUAAAGAUACAACCGUCGCAAUUUGCGAAUAUGCAAAUAGCUGAUAGACAUCUA